AUGACGGAAAAUGCGCCGCCUGCCGACGCGCAGCCCAAUGCGAACUCUGAGGCCACGCGCGGCAUGCCUUACUACGAGAAGCUGCGACGCGACCUGCGCGACGCCUUGGCAAAAAAACGCGUGCUUGAUACUACCCUGAACACCAUUGAGGAGAACAUAUACCGCGCCGAGACGGGCUACCUCGAGGAGACGAGCGCGGGGAACAUAGUGAAGGGCUUCGAUAAUUACAUAAAAGGCUCGACCACCUCUACGUCUGGCGGCGCUGGUACCGGAAAUGCUGCGCGCCGGAAGGCUGCCAUCAACGACCAAGACCGCAUAUUCAGCCGAAGCUCCCAGAGCUUUCUCAUGAAUGACUCGCCCGGUCCGACAUCUGCGCAAACAACACCCUCGCACGCUCCCACUCCAACAUCGUCUUUCCCUGGUGCCAGUAACCAUCCGACACCUGGCAGCACAACGAGCAAGGCGACCAACAAGAAACGGCCGUCAGCCAAGGACGACGAGGACACCGACGGGAAGCCGACCAAGAGAGGAAAGAUCACGUAUGGGAGGGACUAG